AUGUUAGACACAAUUAGUGAUGAUCAUAAUAAGCAAUUGAUAAAUAGUAAUUGUAAACGCACAAAUUGCAAAGCUUUUGUUGCAUUCAAAGCUAUACCACAUUCUUCAGAAGUUUACCUGUGGCGCUUUGAACAACAACACAACCACAAAUUGAUCAAUCAAGAUUGUAUGCAUCUUUCAAGAGCUAAACGUCAGUUGAGUGUUGUUGAUCAAGCUUUUAUACAUAAGCUUUCGAGUGCAAAGGUGGGGGCAACUACAGCAUAUAGAAUAAUGUGUGUUAUAAAAGGAGGAUGUGAAUUUGUUGAUGGACUAGAGAUAGAUUGGAAAAAUUUUACAAGGGAUAUAAAUUGUCACAUCGGGGGAACUGAUGCAAAUUUGUUGAUUACAAAGCUUCAGAAUCGUAAAGAGAAUGUUACAAAUUUUACAUACGAAUACAGAUGUGACAAGAAGCAGUUAAAUGCUCUCUUUUGGGCUGAUGACACUUCAAAACAAAACUAUGAGUUAUUUGGGGACGUUGUUUCGUUUGAUGCAACAUAUCGUACAAACAUGUAUUGUAUGGUAUUUGUACCUUUUACUAGCAUUGAUAAUCACAAAAGGUGCGUCACUUUUGGAGCUGGUUUGUUGUGUAGAGAAGAUACAAAUUCCUAUAUUUGGUUACUUCGGUCAUUCUUGAAGUGUUUUGGAAAAGCACCAAUCAUGGUCGUGACCGAUCAAGAUCCAGCAAUGAAAAAAGCUAUUGAGAUAGUAAGCUGGGAAACAAUGAAUGAAUCAGAUUUUAAGGCGGACUUCAAUAGUAUAGUAUGGGACUCCAAAAUUGCUGUCAAUGAUUUUGAAAUGAGAUGGGAUGCAUUAAUGGUAAAAUAUAAGUUGCAAGACAAUAAAUGGAUGAAAGAUAUGUUUGAUUUGAGAAGCAGUUGGAUUCCAGCCUAUUUUAAAGAUGUACCGAUGUCAGGUCUAAUGAGAACAACUUCUCGGUCAGAAAGUGAGAAUUCAGCAUUCAAUAGGGCAAAGGAAUAA